UCCGCCCGCUUCCGCUUCCGCCAGAGCCGCGGCACUCCGGUUGAUCCCUGAGUUGCGCGUCCUUGCCGACCUCUCUGCACUAUGUCGGGUGGCCUCCUGAAGGCGCUGCGCAGCGACUCCUACGUGGAGCUGAGCCAGUACCGGGACCAGCACUUCAGGGGUGACAAUGAAGAACAAGAAAAAUUACUGAAGAAAAGCUGUACAUUGUAUGUUGGAAAUCUUUCUUUUUACACAACUGAAGAACAAAUUUAUGAACUCUUCAGCAAAAGUGGUGACAUAAAGAAGAUAAUUAUGGGUCUGGAUAAAGUAAAAAAAACAGCAUGUGGAUUCUGUUUUGUGGAAUACUAUUCAAGAGCAGAUGCAGAAAAUGCCAUGCGGUAUAUAAAUGGAACACGUCUGGAUGACCGGAUCAUUCGCACAGACUGGGAUGCAGGUUUUAAGGAGGGCAGGCAGUAUGGACGUGGGCGAUCAGGGGGCCAGGUUCGAGAUGAGUAUCGACAAGACUAUGAUGCUGGGAGAGGUGGCUAUGGAAAACUGGCACAAAAGCAGUGAGUGGUGAGAGCCCCAUCAGUGCGAAAUUCCCUCCACUGGCCUGUUGUUUGUUGAAGAACAUUACCCACAGUCUGAUCAAUGUCUCUACUGAGCUAGAAGCCUUUACAUGGUUUCCUCUGAAAAUUAUUAAAGGACAAUACAAAAGAAUGCCUUUAAUUCUAGUCUUAGAAUAUUGGUCAUGUGUCAAGUUACCAGAUGAUUUUCUGUUACCAGGUCUAAAAUUGUGUUCUCUGGGGAUGUGGCUCAGAUACAGUGCCUACUUCACAUGUGCAAGACCCUGGUUUGAUCCCCAGAAACAUCCACCCACCCCACCCCCCACAAAGUGUUCCUUAGCAACAGGUCUGAUUUAUAAUGUUGAUUAUUCUGUCGGCCAAAAAUGCCACACUUUUUAAAGGAAGAUGGAAAAAUGUAAAAACUUGUUUUACCAUGUUUGUGUCUUAAGUAGGUUCAUGAUCUUCAUUGGGGCCUGGAAUGAUUAUUUUUUAAAAUUUAAGUUUGCAUGAGAUAAAGUUUAAUAAAUGGAAUUUUGCUGUGUGGUAUGGCUUUGUUCUAAAUUAGCAACAGGUGUUUGACAACUGAAUAGAAUUCAACAUUGAAAACAAAUUCAAUCUCUAAAGGGUCAAGGGACUUUCCUAAAUAGUUGGCAUAGAAGUAAGUAAACCUGAGAUGGUCUCAGGGACAUGUCCCGCUUCUAUUCCUUACAUAUUCAGAAACUAGGUACAGGGUUUGAAGAAUUAUACACAUUUUUCAAAAGAUGUUUUACCUAAAGCUAGCAACAACAAGAAGUAAGGAUUUGUAAUAGAGAACCUCACAUAUUCUAGUGGGUGUGGUGAGUGGGGGAAGACGCUAUUAGUAGGAAAUGUAAGUUAAGGGAUUGCCUUGACAUGACAAAGUAUGCUGUAAGGGCCAUCAGAUUUAUUCUUUCCAUUUUAAUUAGUCUUGGGAAUAGAAUGGGUUCUUUUUAGAAGAGCUUGAUGAUUGAGAGAAUACUUUACAAAAACAGAGGAAGGCUUCCUAAAGAAAGUGUCUAUUUCAGCUACUUCUCAUACUGAAAUGUUUUAUUUUUCCCAAAUUGUCCAUACUGUGGCUCAAGCCAGGGGAUUAGAGAGAAUUUAUUUUACAUUUGUAAGGCAAGAGAUUAUUUCUGAUAUUAUAUGUGAGUAUAAUUUUCCCUGAUAUGAAAAAAAUGUGAAUUAUUUUUCAAAGUAUCUUCCAGUAGUUUGUGAAAAUUGGGGCUGAACAUGAACAGCUUUCAUGUUACAAUAAAUGUGGGUUUUCUCAUUAAAUUCCAAACUGUUUGAAUUUUUUAUAAAGAGGUAUAACAGUUGUUAGUGCUUAGGAAUAAACCAUUUGCAAACAUUUAAUCAGGACACAGUAUUCAUUUUUAGAAUGUUUUUACACUGUAGUUUAAACUAAUAUUUUGUAUUCUUGUGUGGUGAAAAAACUCAGAUUCUACAGGCCUUAAAACCAAAGACUGUGAUUCUUAUUUGAAUUGUCUUCUAUAACAGAUUUCAAUAAAGCUGGACCAACUUAU